AUGGGUCUCAUAGCAACAAUAACCCGCCACAUGCGCAACAACAGACUCUCCCACCGUCUCUCAUCCCAAUCCACCAAAAUCCCCGACGACGACAAAAAUGACCUGAUAAAACCAUUCUCGGAAACAACCUCGCUGCGCGCUGAAAGUGUAGCAUCCACAUCAACAAUGGUGCACCAUUCAUUGCAUGAACCGGUGCUUCCCUCCGACCCCCCAGCAAAUAGGAUGGCCAUUCGAACAGAUCAUCUCAAUACAAGCACGCUAUUCGAGACUUCCUCUCAGACCACGCCUAUCUCGCCGACAGACAACCGCGCCAUGAGGGCACUGUCACGGCCGGAAUACCCGGUUUUCAAAUUGGAUAUGUGUCAGGCACCAUUUGAGCCGCGGAAACUGGCUGGGCCUUUAGAGACGGGUCCGAAGAAGAAGAUCCUUCAUACGAGGAGGAUUGGUGAGGGUCGAGGCAUAGCUAGGUCUUUGACAGAUGGUGACAAGGGUGUUAAUGUGGUUUCUUCGAGGAAAAGGGACGGUGGUGGUGUUGAUGUUGAUGUCAGUGUUAAAGAGAAGAGAAGGAGGAGGUCGAUGAAGGAUUUACUCAUGAAGCAUUGUGGGUUGAAUAUUCCACGCUCGUCACUUUCGCUCAAAACAAGGAAGAGUUCUGCGUCGGCUUCGCCCAAGUGGUUGGAUUCGGCGGGUGUUGGGGAGGAUGGGGACAAAGGGUUUGUGGAGGUCAAGGAUGAGAAGUGGUUGGAGGCUCAUUUAGGGUCGAGGGGAAGGAGAAAUGCGGUUUGGGGUGGGAGUGCAUUAGGGAGGCCUUUGUGA